CUAGCACCGUACGUCAUGUCCGCCGCGGAGGGAUCGCCUUUAUAAGGAAUGCACCGCGGUUUCCGGUCCUCUUUUCAGCCUUGCAGCCCAAGAUGACCAAGAAGAGGAGGAAUAACGGACGCGCCAAGAAGGGCCGUGGCCAUGUCCAGCCAAUCCGCUGCACCAACUGUGCCCGCUGCGUGCCCAAGGACAAAGCCAUCAAGAAAUUUGUGAUCAGGAACAUUGUGGAGGCUGCGGCUGUCAGGGACAUCUCUGAUGCCAGUGUCUUUGAUUCCUAUGCUCUGCCCAAAUUGUACGUGAAGCUGCACUACUGCGUGAGCUGCGCUAUUCACAGCAAGGUGGUCAGAAACCGUUCCCGUGAAGCUCGUAAGGAUCGUACACCUCCUCCAAGGUUCAGGCCUGCGGGUGCACCUCCAAGAGCUCCCCCUAAACCGAUGUAGGAAGACUGGCUAAGAUGUAUCUUGUCUAAUAAACUGUCCAAAAGAUGA